AUGCCAUGCUUGCGCUCGUUUGCAACGAGCUCGUCUAACACUAUCUCGUCGAUACCAUCCAUCACUCGAAGCCAUCGGAAGAAUCGAGGCAGAGGUGGUCAAAAUCUCACUGAACGCUAUCGCAGGCUAGAAAACAUACUUCGGGGAGAAAAUGCUAGUAUGAAGCAGAUAUCCGAACUCUCCCAGGGGGUCGAGGAUGCAUCCAAGGCCAGGCCGCCCCCGUUGACAUCCCCCCCGCGCCACGAUGCGCAAACAUCUCCAGAUACCAUCGCGGGCUUUAUGAUUCCCGAAGAACCUAUACCACCAUCAGAUGAAGAAUGUUGCAUGUCUGGAUGUGCAAUUUGCGUCUAUGACCUUUACGAGGAAUCUCUAGAAGCUUACAAGGAAUCGAUUGCUACGUUGCGCUCGUCGCUUUCUGCACUCUCGAUACCAGAAUCCGAGUGGCCAGUACGCGUUAGAACCAAUAUACCGACUACAGCAAAGAGGAACGAGGUCAUCCUCAGUGCAUUUGAGGAAAUGGAGCGUCAGUUGAAGGAGAAGAGGAAGCGGAAAGCUGCGGUUGAAGCCGAGAGUUAG